AUGGCCGACCCAUACCACAACAACCUAUACCAUCAAGGUGGCGGUGAUGGCUAUGGGACCUAUGGAGAAGGGGGUGGCCAGGAUGGAUAUGGUUACCAGGUGGACUACCCCUCCCAGGAAGAGGAUGCAGCGAGCGAUGUGACAGAGGGACACGAUGAGGAAGAUCAGAUGUAUGAAGGCGAAUAUCAAGGGAUACCCCACCCCGAUGAGGUUAAGGCCGCACAGAGAGCAGCAAGGGCCAAAGCCCGGGCAGAUGGGGGUGCAGUUUCUGAAUUAGAGGAAUUAGCUGAACAGUAUGAGGACAUCAUAGAGGACUGUGGCCAUGGGAAGUUCCAGUGGAUGCUCUUCAUCGUGCUGGGACUCGCGCUGAUGGCCGAUGGGGUCGAGUGCUUUGUGGUGGCAUUCGUUCUACCAUCAGCAGAAAAGGAUCUGUGUCUGUCAAAUGCUGAGAAAGGCAUGCUGGGUUUAAUCGUGUUUCUGGGAAUGAUGGUCGGAGCGUUUGUGUGGGGUGGCCUGGCAGAUAAAGUUGGUCGUAGACGCUGCCUGGUUGUGGCACUGGCUAUAAACUGUGUCUUCGCUUUCUUGUCCUCAUUUGCCCAGGGCUAUGGCUUCUUCCUCUUUUUCAGACUCUUUUCUGGUAUUGGCAUUGGUGGCUCAGUGCCCAUUGUCUACUCGUACUUCUCCGAGUUUCUACAGAUGGAUAAGAGAGGCGAGCAUCUGUCCUGGCUGUGUAUGUUCUGGAUGAUUGGAGGGAUCUAUGCGUCAUUCACUGCCUGGGGGAUCAUACCACGAUAUGGCUGGGGCUUCAGCAUGGGUACGGAGUUCCAGUUUCAUAGUUGGCGUGUGUUUGUCUUGGUGGCAGCCCUUCCUGCUAUGGCCUCCCUGGUUGGACUCAUGUUUAUGCCUGAGAGCCCCCGUUUCCUUCUUGAGAAUGCAAAGCACGAUGAGGCAUGGAUGAUUCUAAAACAGGUCCAUGACACCAAUUGGAGAGCCAAGGGACAACCUGAAAAAGUCUUCACUGUGACUCACAUCAAGGCUCCUAAGACAGCGGAGGACGAGUUCAUAGAGAUUCAGAGUGCUACAGGAACAGCUGCACAAAGGUGGUCUGUCCGCUCACUAACACUCUGUAAACUGGUGCUUAGAAACAUAGCCUCUCUCUUUUCUGCCGAGCUGAGGUUUGCUACGUUCUUCAUGGCCAUUAUCUGGUUCUGCAUGGCUUUCAGUUACUAUGGUCUGUCUGUGUGGUUCCCUGACAUGAUCAAACACCUUCAGCAAGAGGAGUACCAGUCAAAAGUCAAGGUAAUUUAUAGAGAGCGAGUGGAAGGCUUCCAUUUUAACUUUUCUCUGGAGAACCAGAUCCAUAAAGAAGGAGAGUACAUCCAAGACAAGUUCAUCAAGAUAGAGAUGAAGUCAGUGAAGUUUGUGGACUCACUGUUUGAAGACUGUGAAUUUGAGGAUAUCAGGUCCACAGACACAGUCUUUGAGAACUGCACUAUUCGGUCCACUAAAUUCUACAAUACAGACUUGUGGGAGGAAAAGUUCAUUAACUGUAGGAUGGAGAACACCACCUUCAUCCACAACAAACAUGGCUGCCAUCUGGACACCGUUGACGAAAAUGAUGUUCUCAUUUACCUGGUCAGCUUCCUGGGUAGCCUGGCCGUCUUGCCUGGCAACAUCAUUUCAGCCCUCUUCAUGGAGAAAAUCGGCAGGGUCAAAAUCAUAGGUGGUUCAAUGCUCAUCUCUGCAGGCUGCACAUUCUUCCUCUUCCUUAGUUUCAGCCAAUCGGCAAUCAUUGCUCUGCAGUGUCUGUUCUGUGGCGUCAGUGCGGCUGCGUGGAAUGGCAUAGAGGUGGUUACAGUGGAGCUAUAUCCUGCCUCCAAAAGGGCCACUGCGUUCGGUGUGUUGAAUGCCCUGUGUAAGUUAGCAGCCGUGUUGGGCAGCUCUAUCUUUGCCAGCUUCGUUGGCAUAACCAAAGCUAUCCCCAUCCUUCUCUCCUUUGCGGCACUGGUCUGUGGUGGGCUGGUGGCACUUAAACUGCCCGACACCCGCGAGAAAAUCCUCCUGUGA